GUACGUUUCAUCUGAUUUCCAAAGUACAGUUCGGAAUUCAAAUGGCUGCUCGGUGACUGGCUACCGGCUCGUCCAAAAACGGCUAACACGCAGGCACUCGUCGUCAUCUGGGAAGGUUGGCUUGCGAAUUCAUUUAUGCAAUUUGAUAUUAACCUUCCGAAAGCCUUGUUGCACUGGUAGAAAUUUCCAAAGUACUCCACACGCCUUUUCUUCACUAAGCAAGAAUACAUUUCCACUUUAAGCGGGCGAUGUCUUGUUUCCCCUUUCGCUCCGAGCAAAGUCCAUCGUCCCUUAACGUGGGCCAUAAGACUCCUAGUAAAAGCACCUAGUCCCUUUAAUGAACGCCUAGAAAGGGUGUGUACGAAAAGGAUAUUGUCCGGUUAGAACACGUUCUCAUUUUAUGGUUAAUCCCAAAAUAAUUUAUUUAUGCCCAUGCCUCUUCAUUGCUUCUCCCAUGGACGCUUUUCGUUAAGGCCUGUCGUCACACUGGGGUUUAAGUCGAGCAUAAGGACACCUCAAUAUCAAAUUGCCCGAGUAUUGCAGACUGCCGCUUUCGAUUCCACUUUACUCAAUUACAGUACUAAAGCUUACAACAUUCCUCUUAAAUCCUUCCCAAGACUUCAAUCACUGUCCGACAACUUCAAUCCAAGACUGCUCAAUUCAAUGGCUUCUCUCACAACUACUCAAACGCGUUCGCAUGCGGGCCACUCUCACCACCAUCACCAUCAUGACAAUACGUACCUUACCUCGACGAAUAAGAACGAUGCCGGUGUGCGAAUUACGCGGAUUGGACUUUAUUCGAACUUGGGCAUGGCGGUUGCCAAGGGAGUAGGAGGGUACAUGUUCAAUUCUCAGGCUAUGUUGGCAGAUGCCUGGCAUAGUGUUACCGAUCUUGCCAGUGAUAUCCUCACGUUGGCGACAGUUUCCUGGAGUCUCAAACCUCCAACUGAGCUUUUUCCAACAGGUUUUGGAAAGGUUGAGAGCUUAGGAUCAUUGGGUGUUAGUGGCAUGCUUCUUUUCGGAGGGAUGUUCAUGUGCUUGAAUAGUUCUGAAAUCCUGUAUGCGCAUUUCUUCUUGGAUGCCCAUGCAGCCGCAGAAGCUGCCGCACAUGCGCAUGGACAUAGCCAUAGCCAUGGGCCAUCACUACCUAGUUUACACGCUGCUUGGUUAGCUGCCGGUACAAUUGUCGUCAAGGAAUACCUAUACCAAGCAACGAUGAAAGUAGCACGAGAAAGAAAGAGCUCCGUUCUAGCCAGUAAUGCGAUCCAUCACAGAGUUGACUCCCUCACCGGUAUCGUUACCCUUUUCGCGAUUCUCGGAGCAAAUUUCCUACACGAGGCAGCUUGGUUGGACCCUGUUGGAGGAUUCCUCAUCUCAUUACUCGUGAUUAAGGCUGGAUGGGGCAAUACUAUAUCAGCGCUAUAUGAAUUGGCAGAUAGGGGAAUCGACGCCGAGGUCAAGGAGUCUGUCACAAAAGCGGUCCAAAAGAGUCUACUCAAUCUUACAGAAGGGUCAGAAGUGGAAUUACGAGAAGUCGAGGGUGUUAAAUCCGGACAGAACUUUCUGAUAGAGCUUCAACUUGCCGUACCUAAGGCGUGGACAGUUGAGGAUGUUAGAGAAGUAGAGGAUAGUGUCAGGCAAAUGGUUGGCUCAAAGGUUCGAGGUGUUCGACGAGUGAAAGUACGCUUUGUACCAAAAGAUGAAGCCAAACCUUCCCUUUUCGAUGAAUUCAUCAGUGGAGAUGUGAGCCCACGAGAAAGUCCUGAGCCUGAAUUGAAUGAUCACGACCACGAUCACGAUCACAAUGGACACGCCCAUAGUCAUGACGCCAAGAAGACAUUAUAGACGUUAUAGAAGAUCGUAUGAACAUUCAUCAUUUGGAGUUUGCAUGGAAUUGGAGCUGGCGUUAGGGAUGGGCGGUAGGACUUCAUGACAAGUCUUUGCAGAGGAUCAAUUUGGCGCAGGGGGUGAAAUUUCGACGAGUUUGUACUCUUUGCAAUGUAUCAAAAUUUAUAGAGCCAUUAUGAUGGAAACUGAUUGUCUGCUUUGAUUGGUGCGCAUCUAAACACCCGAACCACUUGAAUUUGUGGCUUUCAUUCAGGCUAAAUGUGGAUACUAUUCCAACGUCAACUUUUACUAAUCUUCCCUUUCUCCAUAACCCCA